AUGCUUGAUACUGGACUUUUGAGCCUAUGGCCUACCUGGUGCGGACGCCGCAAGACCAAGCAGCCGUACUGGGACCUGCAAUUGUGCGAGCAGAAGACGAUUGACCUGGCCCUGUCAACGGCGGCCAGCCAUAGCGACAUCCGCGGCGCGCUGACGAUGACGCCGUGCGAUCUGUUCAAGCAGCUGCAGGGGCGCACCCUGUGGAUUAUAGGGGACUCGAUGUCGAAGGACCUCAUCAAGGCCUUCAAAUGUUUCAUGAUUGAGUUUUGGGACCUGAGGCAGUACCACCUGACCAACAACUUCACAGCCAUGCACCACCUGCACAGCCUCCCUGGAUUUGGGGAGCCGACGUGCAUCCACAUGCCCGGCUAUACGCGCAUGUGCCAGAUCCACGCCAUCCAGGGCGACCUGUUCGUCAACACCUCGCGCGCCGCGGCGGGCGUGCUGCCGCUGAUCACCGGCGGCCGCCUCGUGCACAAGGAAGACGUCGUCGUCCUCAACUUUGGGCUGUGGCAUGGGGAGGUGCAGCGGCCGGCCUACAUACAGCACCUGCACGAGCUCGGGGAGUUCUGGGCCGCAAGGCGCGAGGAGUACCCCUGGUUCUUCUUCAUGGAGACCCCCAAGCAGCACUUUGCGGACGCGCACGACGGCGACUACCAGUCGUCCUGGCUGUAUGACAAGAAGCGGCGGCGCGGCAACCACACGUGCGGGCCGAUCAAGAACGUGACGUACCUGCAGGACGGGUCGCUCGCGGCGCGCGCGGGCGACAAGGUCGCGGAGCGCGUCGCGGCGGGCACGUGGCGCAACCUGGACGCGCGGCGGAUCUUGGAGGGGAAGUACGGCAUGCCGCUGGUGCCGAUCUUCAACACGACGGUGGCGGCGUGGGACAUGCACCGCAAGAACUACGCGGGGACGGAGUGCAGCCACUUCUGCCACCCCAGCAUCCCGCAGCUGUGGCUCUGGGUGCUGCACAAGACCCUGCAGGCCAACGGAGUCACGCCGCUGCCACCCCCCAAGGGCCCCGUGCGGGAGCGCAACGGGUGCGCGCAGGUCUAUGAGAGGGACGAGACCAAGCUCGGCGCCCCCAAGUCGGUGGACAAGGUCAUUGCUGAGGCCCAGAAGAGGCACGAGCAGCUUCUGCACGAGCGCCAGAGCGUCCUGUGGCGGCUCCUCGGCCGCCUGCGGCUGCGGCGCGCGCUGGCGCGGUAG